GGGAGUAAAAUACAUCUUUUACUACAGUAAUAAGCAAUGCAGUACAUGAACACAAUCCUUCAGUAUCCACCAACCCAACUCGGCUCUCGAAACAUAUUUCUCGAAUCUGAUAUCCAAUUUUCUCGCACGCUAUAUUUGCUUACCCAUUUCAGCUAAUCUCACUCCCUAGUCAUCUAGAUCUUUUCUCUUCUCUUCUUCGAUCCCAUAAUCUUAUCAUAACAUAUCAAAUCCAUUCCACCGACCAUGUCUCAAGAAAUCGACAUUGACCCCAAUGCAUACACCCUCCCAUUCAGCCUAACCAAGACCAUCCGUCGGGACCCCUAUCCCGCCAUCCUCCCAUCCAACCCAAGUAAUUCUCAAGCUGGAAAAAUAAUCCUCAUCACAGGCGGCGGCACAGGAAUCGGUUCCUCGGCGGCCCGCGUCUGGGCCCACGCAUCCGCGCUCGGCAUAAUAAUACUCGGCCGCCGCAUCGAGCCACUCGAAGAAACGGCUCUCCAAAUCCGAGCCAUCAACGCCGAAACCAAAGUGUUAGUUAUAAAAACCGAUGUGAGCAUUGAUGACGAAGUGAAACAUGUAUUUCAGCAGACCCAUAAAGUGUUUGGGAGAGGUCCGGAUGUGGUCUUGCUUUGUGCGGCCGUAUUGGAGCCCUCGAGAUUGGUGCAUGAGAUGGGGACAGAUGAGUGGUGGGGUUAUAUGGCUAUCAACUCUAAAGGCGUAUACUCCUGCAUACACCACUACAUAAACACGCAAUCCAACCCCGCCCACCCAACCGGAACAAUCGUAGUAAUGAACAGCGCAUCGACCUCCAUCCUCGACAUCCAACACCCCGCCAACGGAAUCGGAAAACUAAGCGCACAGCGCCUCGUCGAAUUUGUAGACGCCUCGUAUCCCACUCUCCGCAUAUUCUCUCUCCUCCCAGGACUCGUCGCCACGCCCAGUCAACAGCCGCAAAAUCUUCCGUAUGCGCGCGAUGAUCCCGCAAUGAGCGGGAUGUUGACGUUGUAUUUGAGUCAGGCGAGAGCGGAUUACUUGAGAGGCAGUACUAUGUCUGUGAAUUGGGAUGUGGAGGAACUAGAACAGUUUCAAAAGGAGAUCAGAGAGAAGAAUCUUUUGAAGUUGAGUUGGAUACCUAUUUUGCCCAUUGGUGGGGGGAAGGGUCUUGCGAUGUGAGAUGUAUCCGAGUUAUCUACUGGGAUAUUAUCA